GGCGGUGGCGGCGAGAAAGGGAGCUUGCCGGGGAGCGAGCAGGACGGGACGAAGCCAGAGCGGAGGUGGGGGAGGAUUCGCUCCCGGGGCUGCUGCGGCCAGGUAUAUGAGUGACCUAAAGCUGCAAAUUAAAACGGAGAGAAAGCAGUGCCAACUGCAAGCAGGGCAAGGAUGCCAAUUCCUCCACCCCCUCCACCACCCCCUGGUCCUCCUCCACCGCCCACUUCUAAUCAGGCACACACAGAGCAGCCCAAGCUGAGUAGAGAUGAGCAGCGGAAUCGAGGUGCCCUCUUACAGGACAUCUGCAAAGGGACCAAGCUGAAGAAGGUGACCAACAUUAAUGAUCGGAGUGCUCCCAUCCUUGAGAAACCGAAAGGAAGCAGUGGUGCUUAUGGCUCUGGAGCAGCUGCCCUGCAGCCCAAGGGAGGUCUCUUCCAAGGGGGAGUGCCGAAGCUCCGACCUGUGGGCGCCAAGGACGUUUCAGAGAACCUAGCUGCUAAGCCAGCCCUACAAGUCCCCAGUUCUCGAGCUGCUGCCCCAAGGCCACCAGUGUCUACAGCCAGUGGGCGCCCUCAAGAUGAUACAGACAGCAGCCGAGCCUCACUCCCAGAACUGCCCCGGAUGCAGAGACCCUCGCUACCGGACCUCUCUCGGCCUAACACCACCAGCAGUACAGGCAUGAAGCACAGCUCCUCUGCCCCUCCUCCGCCACCCCCGGGGCGGCGUGCCAACGCACCCCCUGCACCUCUGCCUAUGCACAGCAGCAAAGCCCCUGCCUACAACAGAGAGAAACCCUUGCCGCCCACACCUGGACAAAGGCUGCACCCUGGUCGGGAGGGACCUCCUGCUCCACCCCCAGUGAAACCACCUCCUUCCCCUGGGAAUAUCAGAACGGGACCAAGUGGCCAGUCUCUGGCUCCUCCUCCUCCGCCUUACCGCCAGCCUCCUGGGGUCCCCAAUGGACCCUCCAGUCCCACUAAUGAGUCAGCCCCUGAGCUGCCACAGAGACACAAUUCUUUGCAUAGGAAGACACCGGGGCCUGUCAGAGGCCUAGCGCCUCCUCCACCCACCUCAGCCUCCCCAUCACUACAGAGUAAUAGACCACCUCCCCCAGCCCGGGACCCUCCCAGUCGGGGAGCAGCUCCUCCACCCCCACCACCCAUGAUCCGAAAUGGUGCCAGGGAUGCUCCCCCUCCCCCCCCACCGUACCGAAUGCAUGGGUCAGAACCUCUGAGCCGAGGAAAGCCCCCACCUCCGCCCUCAAGGACGCCAGCUGGACCACCCCCUCCUCCUCCACCACCCCUGAGGAAUGGCCACAGAGAUUCUAUUACCACUGUCCGAUCUUUCUUGGAUGAUUUUGAGUCAAAGUAUUCUUUCCAUCCAGUAGAAGACUUUCCUGCUCCAGAAGAAUAUAAACACUUUCAGAGAAUAUAUCCCAGCAAAACAAACCGAGCUGCCCGUGGAGCCCCACCUCUGCCACCCAUUCUCAGGUGAAGCCCGGCUUGGUCCUGUUCCUCAGGAAAAGGAUGGACCCUCUCUUCUGCUCAGAUGGUCCCUUCCACUCCCCUGAAACCUGCAUGAGAGCUCCUGAUGUGUUUCUCCAGUGCAACCCAUCUCUAGACACCAAGCGUCCUCCCCACUCACCUCCAUCUAUGCAUCUCGUCUCUAGACUUGGUGAUUGGACUCUUUAUAUUGACAGUAGGGUCUCAAACCCUGAAUCCAUGCCUCCUCUCGCAAGCCCUGCUAGCCAGACGAGGAAAAAGUUUCCAUGUCUCCUGCUUUCCUCUUGGGGAAAGGUGCCUUGUUGUGAUGAAUGAACUCAUUGUUGGGGCAGGGUGGAGAAUUGUACUCCCUACUUUCUCCUACCCACUGUGGGGGAAGUGUGGCGGGUAUAUUAUGUUUCCUCAUUUAGGAGGCUGGCAUGGCCAGGACUUCUGAGGGGUGGGCAUUUUUAGUGAAACAGGAAAGGAAUUUGCAGAGAAGUGAUCUGUUUUAAAGGUCAAGUUUGAAGAAAGGGCAAAGAAAUGGGUCUGCUUUCUUUUUAAGGGUAUUUUGGUUUUGCUCUCACCCCACCCCAUGCCACCACCCCAGGGAGAAGUUGGAUAUUAUAAAUACUAAAUACUAAUCAGUUGAACUAAACAUCUAAUAAAAAGAGAGGGUGAAAUAAACUGGGGAUCCUUUUAGAGCUAGUCAGUUUCUCUGCAGCAAAGGGACCAGGAGCCAUUUGUGUCCUCUGGGAUUCCCUGCCCAUUUGCCUGUUUCCUCAGGGUGCUGAGGCUGAGGGCUGUUAUUCCUCUCUGCACUGCCCAUCCCCUCAAAAGAAAAGUCACUUUGAUUCACGAACUCCAAAACCCUGCAGUGGGAGAUGGAAAGAUCGGGCGUUGGCCUUGACACCUCUGAAGUCUUUUCUGACUGGCCCUGAUGGCCUUCUCAGAGACUUUAGCCCCUGAUGGGUGCCCAGGAUGACAAGGGAAGGGUGAAGCACCUUGUGGAAGGGAUCAACUCUGUGGGCUUUGAAGGACUUUAAGGCCUGUUUGUUCCAAAGUUCACAGCCCAUCUGACUGAGCAGGUACUUCCAUUCCUUUCUCCACUACUCUUGCCUUCACAAGACUGCAGGGGUUAACACAGAAUACAGAAGGGUGAAGAAGCUUAUGGGGACGGUCAAAGAUUCCUCUGUGCCAGGAAGCACAAAGACUUUGGUGAGGUGUGCCUCAGUUCAGUUGAUCUUCCUUGGCAGCCAGCAAUAUGUUUCUUCGUCUUCCAGGUCCUAGUUCAAGGGCACAGAGGAAAUAGAGGGUCCUAGUCUAGGUAGGAACUGAGCUUGGAUGGGGGAACGGGACUUCAUUCUCCCAACAGCAGGAUGGAGCUCCUGGGCUCUACACGUGGGAUGGUUUGGUUUGCUACAACUCUUGCCAAGUGCAGAGACUGCUCAAGGUUUGGAAUGAGAGCAGGGAAGGAGUCAAGGCUAUUCCUUGAAAUGGAUGGGGAAAGUAAAAAAUUUUCACCAG